AUGCCUAGUUGCGGUGCAUUUGGGAAAUUUCUCUCGGCGUUAGGGGCCGCUAUUUGCGGUCAGUGUACUGGCAAAUACCACAAGGCUUGCUUGGGGCUAUCGGAAAAGGCUAAAUUAAGUAAAAACUGGACUUGCCCGAACUGUCCGAAUACUACUCGGAAGAGUGAUAAUACACCGGUGAAGGGAGUCAUUGAUCAAUCGGAUGACGAUUUAUCGCCUGCAAAGGUGGCCCCUGUUGCUGAUGUACUUUCAGUGUGCCAAUCAUCGCGGGCUCCAGACGAAAAUGACAUGCUGGACUGGAGGCGUGCUCUUGCGGAGUGGACGGAUGAAAUGCGGAAGUUUCGGGGGGAAAUGGUGCGGCUGCGGGAGUCCAUCACUUCGAUAACAGCUCGGCUAGAUGGUACUGACCGUAGGUUGGACGAUUUGACGCAUAGAAUCGAAGCGCUCGAGUCGAAGACCGACUCGGGCCGCGUUCCUGAAAUGGAACGCGUUAUUGAGUCGUUGAAGUCUGAGCUCAGCGAAAGAGAUCGAGAGAGUCUAUUGGCAGACCUGGACAUCGGUCAAGUGCCAGAAGAGAAAGGCGAAAAUGUCAUGCAAAAGGAGAAUGGGCAAUGA